AGUUGAAAAUAACCAAAAAUACAAAUUUAGUUUUAUUCAUUAUACUUGGCUUCACCUUGUAAUUAAUAUAACUACUUAAUAAAAUUAAUUUCUAAACAUGUCUCAAACUACUAUCACUUCAUUUUUUAACAGUAGAAAGCGACCAGCCAUUGAUGAUAUUGUCUCUACGAAAAGUAAAAUUCCCCACUUAGAAUUAGAUACGGACAGCAGCACGAAACUUAUUAAAAGAAAAAUUAUCGUAAACAAGAGUGAUAAUUGUGAUGUGAGACAAGCAUUUGGUGAAACCAAGAAAGUUGGUAAAAAGCAUCUUAUAUCGCUACAACAGCCUAUUCAAGAACAAACACAUGAACUUAAAAAAGCCUCAAACCCAACACCAUUUACAAAAAAAAAUAAUGCAUCUAACAUUUCGAAAACUACAGAAGCUUCGAAAAUACAAACAGUGCAUGUGGCACGGAAAGAGUUAAGUUUAGGAGACAUAAGGAAGAAAUUAGCGGGAAGUUCUAGGUUAGCUGAAUUGAAAGCAUCAGCAGAGCGUAUUAGCAAAGGUAUUCAGCAACUUAAAGAGACGAGUGAACAAUGCAACCUUAAAGAAUUCAAGAGCAUUGAUGUGGAAAUCCCAUCAAGUCCAAGCAAAAGGUCAAUGCAGUUGUUAUCUCCAAAUAAAGAACAACCACCUGCUGAUUCUCAAGAACGACUACUCAUCUCACCGCGGAAGGUGUUUGUGAGCCCCAUUAAAAGUCCUAGCAAAGUACCUGCCUAUAUAAGACAUGCAUCUUUAGCUACAUCUUCAACUAGCUUACCUCUUCCUCACCAUUAUAAAUUCUUAGCCGAACUAUUCCGGGGCAUAGAGACAGUCGUUGCUCUACUUUACAACAGAAAUGAGAAAAUUACUUUCAAUAAACUAAAACCCUCCAUUCAAGAGAUGCUGAAACGUAAUUUCACAGAAAAACAUCUAGCUCAAGUGAAACAUUUGGUACCUGAUUUUUACAGUUUUGAAAUUCAAAAAAUUAAAAGCUUUUCAAUAUCAUCUCACAAAGAAGCAUAUGAACUGAUCAUAUCACCAAACUUUCCUAAUGAUAUUAAAUUGAUGAAUCCAAGUGUUCUUCUUGAAAGACGGAGAUAUUUCUAUGAGACAUUGCUCCAGCUGGUGAAAAAGCAUCAUGCUCAUUACUUAUCAUCAUUGGACCCACCAAUGAUCAUUCCUGACAAUAAAUUAGUACGCUGGCAUCCAGAAUUUGAUUUGGAAAAGUUACCAGAAGUUGAUUGUGCCAAAUUGCCAGAAAUACCAAACACAGAGAAGUUCUCAUCCGCACAAGAUGUAUUGGCCAAGGCUCGUGAUUUGUUUAAAUGCAACACUAAAAUGGAGAGAGCAUUAGAAAAGUUGGCUCAAGCAAAGGCCAGAGGCUUAACUAAUGAAGAGAAGGCAGCUACUGGUAUUAAUGAUAAUGAAAUGAAAACUGUUUCCACAAAUACUCCAUCCACCAGUGCUGUGACUAUUUUGAAUCCUGCAUUACGUAAUUUGCCAGCUUCUUUAUUAGAAAAAGUCAAAGCUAAACAAGCUGCUAAAGCUCUUGAAGCUAUGACAAGAUCUUCAGAAAAUGAUCAAAAGUACUUAAUUUAUAGCCGUCUGCCAGAUCUUGCAAGGACAUUAAGAAACAUAUUUGUCACUGAGAGAAAGAAUGUGUUGGCACUCAAUAUUAUACUUUCAAAGUUGGACAGCAGUUUUAAAGCACAUGUGUCUGCUAGUGAGCUGCAGAAGGAUAUUAAAGUACUCACUGAAGAGAUACCUGAAUGGAUAAAACUACAUGAUGUAAGAAAUGUUACAUAUCUAAAAUUAGACAAAAAUGCUAACUUAAAGGACAUUAUCUCUAAAUUAGAAGCAUUAGCUGAGAAGUAUAAGAAUGAUUAAGUUAUUAUAAGUAGUAAGUAAUUUGACAUGUAAUACAAAUUAAGACUGAAUAAGUAAAUUUGUUAUUGCACCAUAUAGAUAUACUAUACGAAAAUUGAUCUUUUAGAACUUUGUAGAAUAUAUUUUUAGUAUUAAGUGUGUUUUGCUACAACUUUAUUUAGGACUCAGUAUGCAUUGGACAUGUUUAGAUAUAGUUUUGACAUUAUAAUGCACUCUUGACAUUAGAAUUCAAGAUACUAGACUAUUCUAAAUUAUUACUAUAAUUUUCUGGUUUAAAUCCGUUUGAAUAUAGUCUCUUAAUUAUGUAUAGUACAGUUAUAUUUUUCUAAAUUGUCAGCAGUAAUUUCUAUUAAAUAAAUUUAACUGAAAUUAUACCUCUGAAUUUGAUUUAUUAUAUUAUGUUGUACAGUUUUUAUGUAAAACAAUAUUAGAUAAAAUAUUAUACAGAAAUCACUACAUUUUAAAAAUAAAUAAAUCUA